AUGAGCCAAGAGAUAACGGACUUCACUGGAAUGAAGGUUUCCUGCGACUCCUUCCACGUAUCCUGUUGUGUGGCCUGCUUGACUUUGUUGUGCACCGUUACUGGUCUGCAUCUGCAGGGCACAUGGGCUCCGUAUCAGCGUUACCGUUUUCUUACCAAAUUUGGCGUUCAGCGGACUAAAGCGGAUGAGUUAGAGGCAAGUAGAGGCUACGUUUAUGGCAACAUCACGCUUUUCAAAGAGAACUAUUUCA